AUGACCUCAGCAUGGUGCCUGCGGCUGGCCGCGGUGAGCGGAUUCCUCGUGGUCGCCUUGGGCGCUUUCGGUGCCCACGGGCUCAAGGCCAUUCUGCAACGGUAUGAAACCCUGGAGACGUGGCAGACGGCGGUGUUUUACCAUGCGCUUCACACGCUGGUCCUGCUUGCCCUGUCGUCGCAUUCCGACGUCAGCAAGGGCGCCGUCAUCAGCUUCGUGUUCGGCAUCGUCGUAUUCAGCGGCAGCCUGUACCUGCUGGCGGUGACCAACGUGCGUUGGCUGGGCGCCGUAACCCCCAUCGGCGGCGUGGGAUUGCUGGUCGGGUGGGCGUGGCUGUUCAUCGCCGCAGGCGCAAAAAUGCAGGGAUAG